AUGGAUAACAUUGUUAAGAUUCUUACGCAACAAAAUCAGCUAUCGCUGUGCGAAUAUGUGAAGCGCAUCGGACCAGGCAAUUUCACCAAUGUUGACCCAACCCAUUUGGAUGAUUUUCUAAACAAAUUGAGCGAAAUACGGAAUGCAAAAAAUGGAAAAGAGGAGGAAGAAGAGAAAGAGGAGGAAGAGGAGGGGGAAGCAUAUGUGGUGGAAGCGCCUCCACUCAUCAACAUCAGUAGCACCCACGAGUGUAAUGAGGAGCCACCCAACGGGAGCAUAUUUAUCGAAACAUAUAAAAAAGCAGACUUAAUGAACGAAUUAAAACAUAUAGGUCUGGAAAUUAUUAAACGGAGUGAAGUGGCCGUUUUGAUCUUAGCUGGUGGUAUGGGGUCCCGACUUGGCUUUAGGAAGCCAAAGGGGUUACUAGAAAUUACCCCAGUUCUGAAGAAGACAUUUUUCCAAUUUUAUUUUGAGCAAGUGAAGUUUUUGGAAGAGUACACCGCAACAGUUGACACUGUUCGGGGAGGCCAUGAUCAUGCUAAUGAGAAAAGUAGCAUGGGUUGCGCCAACCGCUCAAGUACAAGAGGGGAGGACCCACCCCCCAAAAGUAACAUCGCCAACGGAACGACCAUCUACGUGUACGUAAUGACAUCCCAGUACACGCACGACGAAACAGUUCACUUUUUGGAAGAGAACAAUUUUUUCGGAUUAAAAAAGGAAAAUAUAAAAUUUUUUAAGCAGAGCAAUAAUUAUGCCACCGAUUUUAACUUCAAUAUCGUCCUGUCCAAUCAUAACACAUUGCUGACAUACCCCGGGGGAAAUGGAGCCCUCUUCAGUGCCCUCAACGAGAACGAAAUAAUUGACGAUAUGCUUCGAAAAAACAUAAAAUAUAUUCAAGUUGUAAGUAUUGAUAAUGUGUUAAAUAAAAUAUCUGACCCCGUAUUAAUUGGUUUUUGUUCCUUUUUCCAUUGUGACGUUGCUAAUAAGGCGGUUAAAAUAGAGGAGGGGGAAUCAAUGGGUAUCUUUUGCCGAAAGUGGGCAAGAAAGAAACAGCCACCUGAUAUCUCCAUCAAAAACGAAUUCUGCGUGUGUGAAUAUACAGAAGUGAACGAAUACAUUUUGAGCAACCCAGAACUCUUUAUAUAUGGCAAUAUUUGUCACCACAUUUUUUCUCUCCCUUUUUUACACCAGAUU